GGCCAAUAAUACGAAGCCACUGUUUGUACAGGGCAAUAAUGUACAACCCGAUAAUUGGCGUCCAAAAAAGUGGUCGCCAAUUAUUGGGAUGUACAUUAUUUGGCCGUGCAUUAACCGGACUCUAACGGUUUCAAUUUGUAACGAUUGUAUUUCAAAUAACCACAAGCAAACGUCUUUUCACUAAUUUCAUUCGUGCUUUGAUAAAUCAGUGUUUCAAUGUUAUGUGUGUUUUAAUUUAAUAAGACAAUAAUUGUGGUUAAAUAAAUCUAUAUGCAUUGUUAUUUCUUGUAAUCUAUAAAAUUUGUGCUGUAAAUCUAUAAAAUAUUCACGAUGUUCACGGAGGAAGUUUAUCAUUUAUUUGAUGGCGUCACAGAGGAAGUAUCCCGAAACGUCCGUCGCCUAAUGGUAGAACUUUGGCUGAACUGGUCCCAUGUCGGCAUAGAAUACGAGGAUAAGGUCCGCAACAUAAACCAACUGGUGGAGAUUGAGGAAAACCUCCACCGUGACCUGUUGGAUGAAACCAAACGGCAAGUUAAGACCAUGAAAAAGAAGGUUGAAGAAUUAAAAGAAGAGGGCAAGAAGUUGUGCAAAAACCUGUCUAUAGACAUCAGUAUUAUAGAGCACAAAGAGGACAUGAUGCUGUUUGAGUAUAAGAAAGAGCUGGAAAAACAGAUAAUGAGGUUUACACAACAAAUAGAGCAGAGGCAGAUUGAAAUGAACCGCCUACUAGAAUGGCAGCAUGAUUUGACUGAGAAACUCGGAGUCACCUUCAAUGAGCUGCAAGACAAUCGGCUCCCGCCUCAAGACGAGUUGGACAAGUUGAGGAACCAUCUUGCAGGGCUGCAGUCAAAGAGGGACGAACGUUGCAAGAUAUUCCUGCGCACACAGAUUGAAAUUAAGAAAAUCAUGGACGAACUCCAAAUGAGACCACAGAGCGAGUUCGAGCAAGUGGUGUUCAGCUCCCGGUCUGUGGACUUCAAGUCGACAGAUCUGAACAUGGACCGUCUGGCCAUGCUGCAGCAAGACUUGCAGGAGAAAUAUCACCAGACCAAUAAGCGGGUAUUAAAACUGCGCCAGCAUCUGGAGGGUCUCUGGGACUGUCUGGAUAAAGACCAGACAUACAGAGAGAACUUCCUCAAGGCGCACCCUGGCUGCCAUGCAGCCACUGAAGCUGCCAUUGAGGAGGAAAUCAAGCGCUGCGAGACGAUUCAGGUGUUGGUGACGAACGUGCGGACGGAAAUUAAGCUCAUGUGGGACAACGUGAUGUUCUCCAGCGCCCAAAGAGAAGAGUUCGCGUACUACCACCAGGACGUCUUCACGGCAGAGACCCUCCAGAUACAUAAAAUGUAUCUCGAUACGAUUACCGAGUACUACAAUGAGCACAAGCCCAUCUUCGAGCUGGUGGCGACGCGCAGGAAGCUGUGGCUGAAGCAGGCCGCGCUGGACGCGCGCGUGGCCGAGCCCGGCCGCCUGCACAACCGCGGCGGGAACCUGCUCCGCGAGGAGAAGCAGAGGAAAGCUAUCGAAGUCAAUCUCCCGAAAAUUGAGACCCAAAUUCGCGAAAUAGUAACAGAGUACGAGGCGAAAUCCGGCAAAACCUUCAUCGUGGACGGAGUACCUCUACUGCAGCUUAUCGAGGACGAAAAGGAGUCGAGGAUAGCUGAGCGGCGCAACAAGCUGUCGGCCCGCAAGCGGGCGCGGGCGCAGGCGCAGGCGCAGGCGCAGGCGCAGGCGCUGACGGGCGCCGCCGCGUCGCGGGCGCCGUCCCCGCGCGCCCCCGCCCCGCGCGCCCCCUCCUCCCCGCGCGCC